CCUCCGCACAACCCCAGCGUACGGGACCCCCUCCAGUCCUCCGUUCCUUUCCUGAACCAAAUCGCAACUGGCCAAAGGGUUGAUCACUUGCCAUGGUCAACCUCGACGAGAUCGCCGACACUGUUUCCAACUUGUCCUUGUACGACAUCAAAUCCUAUAUCCGCAAAGCCCAGAAUGUGGUCAUGAACUACACCGAAAUGGAAGCCAAGGUGCGCGAGGCAACGAAUAAUGAACCUUGGGGUGCCAGUUCAAGUUUGAUGCAGGAAAUUGCGGAUGGGACACACAACUAUGCCUCUUUCAACGAAAUCAUGCCCAUGAUCUACCGUCGCUUCACAGAAAAAUCCGCCGAAGAAUGGCGCCAAAUCUACAAAUCCCUCCAACUCCUCGAAUUCAUCAUCAAAAACGGUUCAGAACGCGUAAUCGACGACGCACGCGCCCACCUCUCCACCAUCAAAUUCCUCCGAAACUUCCACUAUAUCGACGAGCAAGGUAAAGACCAGGGUGUCAAUGUGCGGAACCGUGCGAAGGAAGUUGUGGAUUUGUUGAAUGACUCGGAGUCGUUGAGGGGUGAACGACGAAAGGCGAAGCAAAAUCGUAAUAAGUAUGGGGGAGUUUCGUCGGAUCUUGGUGGAGGGGGUGCUGGUGGCUUCGGCGGAACUGGAAAGAAGUACGGUGGGUUUGGAUCUGAUGCAGUCGGAUAUGGAGGAUACUCUGGUGGUGUCUACGGCGAUGGCGGAGGCACGACGACCGGACCCCGAGGCAACUGGAAAGAUGAGUCGAGGCCGACGAGUCGUGGACCGGCUGCUGGGGGGUAUGAUGCGUAUGAUGAGUACGAUGCGGGCGCUUCGUCAUCACGGCCGAGUGCGGCGGCGAAGGGGAAGGCUCCUGCGGUAGCUAAGCCUGAGCUACCAAAGGCUGCACCAGUGGCGGAUCUCUUCUCUUUCGAUGAUCCAGUACCCGCACCCGCACCCGCGGCUGCGCCUGUGCCCGUGGCGUCCUCUUCGAAGGGCAAGGCACCUGCUGACGACGGCUGGGGUUCCUUUGAGACCGCCGCCCCUGUCACCGCUGCUGCUCCCGCUCCGGCAGCUGCCUCUAACGACGACGACGAGUUCGGUGACUUUGCGUCUGCGGCACCCGUGAGUGCACCAGCAACAAUGUCGCCACAACCCCAGUAUGCCCAGCCUCAGGCAAACUACGCCGCGUUGAGUGGGAUGGGUAUGAUGACUCCGCCGGUGCAGCCUGCGGCUCCGCAGUAUGGAGGGUUCCAGGCCGCGGUACAAGCUAAUUACGCUCCUAUGAUGGGAUCUUUCUCUACGGCUCCUGCUCCUGCUGCAGCAUCUUCUACGAGUUCUGCAGCGCCAGCUGUGUCAGGUGGUGCAAACAAGGCCAAGGGUGGCGAUGCGUUCGGAUCGUUGUGGAGUAUGGCGAGUGGAAAGGCGGGAGAGAAGAAGGGAGCCGAGAAGGGUCCUAGCAUGGCACAACUCGCCCAAGAGACGAGCUCUGCCAAGAUAUGGGGAAGCACGAGUACGCAAGCAAAGCCCAGUGCAGGAAACGGACUCGAUGAUCUUCUUUUUUAACUUAGC